AUGACUGAAGAUUCUCUAAAACUGGACAUAAGUGCCGCWCAAUUGCACAAAAACUUGUCAGACAGUGAAGUCCUGUCAUCAGAAAGUAAUCAAACGUCCAGUGCUGAUGUCAUACCGCAUAUCACACAUUAUUUAAAGAAAAAUGACACCAAAUAUAUGCCCCGACCGAGUAUCAGACAACUGCACGAAAAUCAUAUUUCACAUAACAUUAAGGAUCUUUUUAAUGACAAAAGUUGUCCAAAUAAGUACUUAAACAUUGAUGAAAGCAAUAAAUUUGGUUUUAUUUCAAUGGUCUACAUUCCAACUUUUAUGAAUUUAUUGGGUCCGUCACUGUUUAUAAGGAUGGGUUUGGUUACGGCUAAUUCGGGUCUUUUUUUAGCAUUAGUUGAAAUACUGUUGGGAACCAUAAUUUUAUGCGGCACUGUUUUAUCAAUAUCGGCUUUAUGUUCAAAUGGACGGGUAGGUUGUGGUGGUCUCUAUUAUUUAGUAUCACGAAACUUGGGUCCUGAAGUGGGCGCAGUGUUCGGUGUCAUCUAUUUUCUAACUAACGCUGUUAUGGUAUCGUACAGUAUUGCCGGCAUUACCAAUCAAAUACAACAAAUACUACAGGACUUUAACACAGCCUUAAUACCAUUUUUUGGACUAGACUUUCAAGCAAAGACUCAAUGGUUUUUAUUUGCAUUUGUAUUGUUGGCAAUAAUUGAUUUUAUUAUCGGAGCUUUUAUACCGCCGACACCGUACCAGAAAGUAAACGGUUUUGUGGGAUGGAGUGCUCGGGCGAGUAAAGACAACUUAAUUCCUGUUUGGGAAAGUGGUAUUGACUUUUUUGCAAUGUUUUCAAUCUAUAUGUCGGGACUGUGCGGUGAUUUUACUGGCGUUACAAUGGCUGAACAUCUCAAAAAUCCUAAAAAAGCAAUACCUUUGGGAACACUAUUAGCUAUAAUCACAUCACAAAUCAUUUAUAUAAUACAAAUAAUAUUUUAUAGCUGUUCAGUCAUACGAUACGCAACGGGUAAGUUAGAUGACUAUAAAUUUGGUAACUAUAGCUGCACUAACCAACAACCCGACUGUUCAAGUGGUCUCAGCAAUAAUGAAUAUAUUAUGUCAGUGAUGUCGGCUUUGACACAUGUGGGUGAAAAUACUAAUUAUAUUGAACCAAUAUUCACAGCUGGAGUAUUAUCGCAAUCAAUAUCAUCGGCACUGAUAGCAUAUAUAACUGCGCCCCGAGUUAUUCAAUCGUUGGGUUUCGACGGACUAUUGCCAUACAGUAAAUGGUUUUCUAAACCAUAUGGACGACAUGGUGAUCCCAGACGAGCUUAUAUAUUGACAUUUUUUGUAUCUGCAAUAUUUGUGUCAAUAAGUGACUUUACACCAUUGGCCGUUACCACCACUCUAUGCUAUCUGUGCGCCUGGUUUCUCAUCAAUAUGAGCUGUUUUCAUACCGAUUAUGUGGCCUCAGCUAACUGGAGGCCAACAUUUAAAUAUUAUAAUAAAUGGCUUAGUCUUAUAAUUGGUUUGCUUUGUAUAGUWGUUAUAUUUAUAACCAAAUGGUAUAUCGGUGUCAUUUUGGUAGCUAUUAUGAUAUUUGUCUAUGUUUUCAAAAUAAGUAUUUGGAAGUCUGAAGCUAAUAAUCACAUGAAUUUAGUGUCAAUGGCUGACCAGAUAACGAGACACAGAGGAAUGCUAUUCAUUGGCGAUAUUAUUAGUCAACGAAUACCGUUUGAAAGUCGAAUAAAAACAAGUGAAGAGUGGAAUAAAUGCAAUGGCUCAGAUAUGUUAAUUCAGUGUUGUGGUUUUAGUUCAUACCUGAGCCCCAAUAUAGUGAUGAUUGGAUUCCGUAAUUCUUGGAAACAGUGUUCCAGUGAUGAUAUUAAUGAUUAUUUCAAUACUAUUCAGUAA